UUAAGAAUAAUAGAUAUAAAGGUUAAAUUAGCCCUCUUACAACCAAAGAAUGUCGUUUUGUCGUCUACCGGAUUGGAUAUCAGGGUCCCAAAAAACUAUUACUCUUAUAAUUUUUCUUGCAAACGCUAUUUGGAUUGCCGCUGAAUCCAAUACAAACUGGCACUCUAUAAAGUAUCUGCAGGGACAUUUGAAACCCAUCGGAAAUCAGCGCGAAAUCAUAAGAGGACAAAUAGCUGAAUUUGACGCUUUUAUUGAUGGACCAUCAUUCUAUCGUGAUUUCUGGGCGCCUGCAAGACCGGCUGUCUUCAGAGGUGUAAUUCGACACACAAAAGCAAUGAAACAAUUGGUGAAUGCUACCUAUAUGCGAGAGAAAUUUGGGUCUGUGGUUGGACUAGUUGAUCGCAGAACAUCUUGGGUCAGAGGCGGAGAAGAAGCACCCCCAAGAAGCGCUAUGAAUUACAGUGACUUUCAAGAUAAAAUUUUAAAAGAGCAGAUAUAUUGGGAUGACGAAAUUCCAGAAGGUCAUCAGAUUCUUCAAAAUCUUUUUAUUCCUCUUCCUAUAGAAUGCGAGGAGCUGAGACGAACGCUUAUUUACAUCAACAUGAUGGAAAAUUCGGGACAGGUCAGUUACGUGUUUCACCGGGACUACGCUGAUAACCUAUUCCAUUUUAUUGCCGGGAAAAAGACAUGGCUAAUAGCUAACAGUACAUUCAAAGAUGCGGCUUAUAUAGGACAAAAAACAGAGUCGCCAGACAUGUCACCAGUUCCUCCAGAUUCCGUGGAUCUUAUCAAAUAUCCCAAAAUGGCAGAAAUAGACUUUCAUGAAGUAGUUCUUAAUCCAGGAGAUGUUAUGUAUAUUCCAAGAAAUUGGCUACAUUACGUCAGAUCACGCGGACGGCCAAAUAUAGCGAUAAAUAUAUGGUUCGGUUCAGAAUUCGUUACGAACCAUCUUCCAUCGGUACCAGACUGCAAACGACAAAGGCGGAAUCCAAAAAAAAUGUUGAAGGAAAAAUUAUAAACGAGUAAAAGUAAAAUGAAUAGUAAUUCCAAUAGAAAGGAAUGCUGGUGCAUAUAUACACAAUUUAAAAUUUAUACCUUUAUUUUUGUGAAGUCGAAUACUCGAAUUGCAUAAAUUGCAAACUGUGAAAUAAACAGGAAUUUGUCUGAAAAUUCAGAUUGAUAGACAA